AUGUCAGAAAAUUUAAAUACAUCAUCGCGGAAAGACAACAAUGGCGUUGGGUCUAGGACUAGUUCAAAAAUUUUCAACUUAAGAGAUAUUUCACCAGCAUGGGAGGGGUCACCAAGUGGAUCAGCAUGUUCACAAGACUCCGGUUCGAGUAUUCCAACAUCAUCCAGACGAGCUCAAAGUCGCCAAUCGGGUAUAGCUGUUCUAAAGAAAAGCUCAACCAGGCCAUCGAGUGUCAGCUCAGUAAAUUGCAAUAAAUUCAAUACAGUGCUUUAUGAUGAAAGGUUUGUCGAUCAAAAACGAUCUCUUCAGCCUGGGCAUUCAAGAACUUUUGAAGAUCUUGAUUCUCGACUCUUUGGAAAUGUUGAGUGUCUUGCGGUGCCAGGAUCUAUAGCACCUUUGAGCAAAACUUCAGAUUUAGAAUCUGUAUGUGGAAAAUUCAAAGGCAUACAAGGACAUCACAAUUCCUGUUAUUUAGAUGCAACACUUUUUUCAAUGUUUACAUUCACAAGUGUAUUUGAUUCUUUGUUAUUUCGGCCUAAAGGACAUCAGGACUCUGAUCACUAUGAAGAAGUACAAACAGUUUUACGUGAAGAAAUUGUAAAUCCUUUACGAAAAAAUUUAUUUGUGCGGGCUGAUAAAGUUAUGAAAUUAAGAAAAUUAUUAGAGAAAUUAUCAUCCGUUACUGGCCUAACAUGUGAAGAAAAGGAUCCUGAAGAAUUUUUAAAUUGCUUACUAUCACAAAUUUUGAAUGCCGAUCCAUUUUUAAAACUGAAUUCUGGACAAGAAGCAUUUUAUUAUCAGUUGUUUGUAGAAAAGGAUGAAAGACUCUUGCUACCAUCAGUACAGCAGUUAUUUGAACAGAGCUUUCUCACAUCUGAUAUUAAAUUGAAACAAGUGCCAUCUUGCUUAAUAAUACAAAUGCCGAGGUUUGGUAAAUCGUAUAAAAUGUAUCCUAGAAUAUUACCUUCACAAUUGCUAGACGUAACAGAUAUAAUAGAAGAUUCACCUCGACAGUGUACAGUGUGUGGAAAACUUGCGCAUUAUGAAUGCAAAGAUUGCUUUGGACAAUGUGGAAUGGGGUUGGAAAGUACUGCAUUUUGCAAACCCUGUCUCGAUACUGUACAUUCCCAUGCCAAGAGGGCAAAUCAUAAAGCCAAGCUCUUGUCAGUUCCAAUAGAUUUUUCCAUAAUGGCUGAACAUUGUCCGGUUCCUAGACUAUAUAUGGAAUUAUUUGCAGUAGUUUGUAUUGAAACAUCUCAUUAUGUGACAUUUGUGAAAGCCGGGUCUGGCCACAAUGUGCCUUGGUGCUUUUUUGACUCGAUGGCUGACCGAAAAGGUGAGCAAAAUGGCUACAAUAUACCUGAGAUGGUGAGUGUCCCGGAUUUGCCGGAAUGGUUAUCUGAUGAAGGGGCACGUAUGCUGCACGAGCAGUACCCUAACGACAAGCAAUUACCUGAACAUGCUAAGAGAUUAAUGUGCGAUGCCUAUAUGUGCAUGUACCAAAGUCCUGAUGUAAUGAUGUAUAGAUAA